UCAACCUGCUACUUCAGAAUCUGCCGUCAUGUACAGAGCAAUCCUAGUUUUUUAUUUCACAACUCUGGCCAUAUCCACAGGCUUGAGUAGCGAUAAUAAUCAUAGUCUCAAACGCUUCGGCAGAUCUCUGCUAUUUCCAGCUACCUCACCGACCCGUGUCCAGUUCAUUGGCGGCAUUGGCAUUCCCGUCGAAGAUCUGCCUUUCGAAUCCGUCACCUCGGGCUAUGUGCUAAAGACGGAGUAUUUUCUGCCAACUACCGCUCAGGAGAUAACCAGAGUUUACUUCAAGCCCCAACCCAUUACGGCUAGGAAGGAUAUCCUACAAACAAAUGAGCCGAUCAACACGGGCUCCAUUUACCGCUGGGUUCUCUAUCGAGGCAUCGAGAUGGUCCUGCAGAACAUUGACCUACCCGGUCGCAGUUGCCUGCUCCGCGUGAUCUGUGAGCAUGCUGCGCUGCCCUUGACCCAUGAGAGUGGUCUACUUGGCGAGCUCAUCCACAUUGUGCUAACCCCAUCGAGCUCCACGGAUCGAUAUGCUCUGCACUCGGAUCGGGAAUACCUAACCGCAGAGCGUUUUGGCAAACGUGGCGGCAACUGUGAGGCUGCCUAUAGCAGAAAGUGUCCAAAAUCUGCGCUGGCACUGAUAACAACUAUGCUGUGAGUGUGCUGAAAAUAAACAUGGAGUUGAUUUCAA